GAUGCUUAUACAAAUGUGGUUGUUCGCGUGCGAGGACACGAGCGAGGUCACCGGGAGUCCGUUACAGUCCGUCCAGCCCGACACCUCUUCUCCGAACUUAUUACGACAGAUGGCCGGCUCGGGAAGGCAGGAGCGCGGCCCGGAGAGAUCGACCUCCGAAAUGCGCCCGAGAUCGCAUUCUUUCGGCGGCGCGGGCGCAUUCCACUGCGCGCCGAGCUGCGCGCUGCGUCAGUCGACGCGCGCCCUUUUGGGGGUUAAGAUGUGUCCAUCGCGGUCGCUCAAAAUGUGGUCCCAGCCGCCCGUUCCCGAGCUCGAGCCCUUCCGAGAGCGCGCGGCCACCGUCAGCGCCUGGUGCAAAGGCUGCUUUGGCAACCAAGUGGCGAAGAUGGUCCGCGAGCCGGAAUACGGCGUCCGCGUCGAUCCUACGUCCACCCGGCCGGCCGGCUUACGCGUGCGCGACGAACCUCAGUACCAAAACUUGGAGGAACUUCGCAAGCGUCCCGAGUACGCUAAUCUAGACGAGAUCAGUCGCGAGUUCGGUUACCGCCUCUGCCCUGAAGGACAGAAUUUAGAGGAUGAGGCGAUCUAUGAAAACAUUUUGUCGGUGCGUCAGAUCCGAUCCGCGGAAGUGAGAUUAGUGCCGAUGUCUGAAGUGCCCUUUUAUGAAGGACAAGGAUAUGUGGCUACGCAGGUCCUGAGCAGGAACGGGACUUUUCCGCAGUGUCCACCCCACACUUGGAGCCGGCUGCACCACGCUGUCCGGCAGACUGGAUCCUUGAGAGUCUUUACUGCGAAGAAGGAGAUGUACGAUGUGAAAAAGCAGAGGCUGUGUUUGGCGCAAGAUGAGUACAAACACUUGAACAAUGCGCUAUCUACGCUGGCGGCCUCUCGGACGAGCUUAUGCUCAUCCACAACCUCCGUAACGACGACGUCCACUACAUCACGUCACGACCCGGACCUGCUUCGUUCAGAAGUGACGCAGGCAAGAGGGCGCGUCGCGCAGCUGAGGAAAGAGUUGAGGCAGGCGAGAGCUGAGGUCGCCUGCGCGAGGAGGGGUGUGGAUACGCUUGCUGAAGUGGAACAAAAGCUAAGCGCCCAACAAGGAUGCUACAACAUCACCGAAGCUCAGGCGAUCAUGACAGAGCUCAAAAACAUCCAAAAAUCCCUCACCUCAGGAGAGAAAGAGCGAGCAGACCUCAUGCAAUCCCUAGCCAAACUUAAGGAUGACUUGACGAGAUUACAACUCGGAGAUGCCUCUCCAGACCUUUCAACCUUAAGCCUUCCUCAAGAGAAACUUAGCACUGCCUCACAAACAGACUUAUGCGCAGACCUAGUACCAAUAGGUACGCGGUUAGCAGAAAUGGCAAGAGUACGCCUACAAUAUGACGAAGCUAGAAAAAGAAUACAACAGAUCCAACAACAAUUAGCAGAUUUAGAGGACAAAGUCCAACCCGGUCAAGCGGAGUCCGACAAAGACCGCUUGCUACUAUUCCAAGAGAAAGAACAGCUGCUUAGAGAACUUAGAAGUAUAACCCCUAGGACACGGUCCAAACAGGAAAUGACUGACAUACAAAUUGAGUGUAAAAGAUUAGAACAGGACUUGAAAAACGCCUUUGAGAUGUCAAAUAAGUGUAUAGCGGAUCGAUUGAGGCUACAUGAAGAAAAACAAUUGUUGCUUCAACAACUAAAAGAUGCUUUAACGUCUAUGACGACUCUGGAAGGGCAGUUGAAGACUUUAUCCGCUAGUACACUGUCGGUUUCAAGUAGUUCGAGCCUCGGGUCUCUUUCUACGGCCAGUAGCAAAGGAUCCUUGAGCUCUGGGAUCAGUUUCACUGAUAUAUACGGGGGUUCGCAGAUCGCUAGCUCAUUCCAGGCAGACAAGCCUAUUGAUAUGGUUGACCUGCAUAGAAGGGUUGAGAGAUUACUCCGCGGAACAAGCUACACGGCCGAAAGCGCGACGCCCGGAGCCGGAAGCGGCUCCCAACCCUCGCUGUCACCACGCAGCAGCCUGUCCUCCGCCAGCCCCCCACCCCCUCCCCCGUCUUACACCCAGGUGGAGAUGCAGAGGCGCCAGCAGAGGGAGCUGGAGGAGAAGCUAGCGGAGAUGAGGAUAGGCGUCGCUGGACUUAAUGAGAUCACAGGCCUUGCGACAAUACCAGUACAACUGCAAGGCCCGGGUCGGCCUUCUGAGCCGCUGUCGCCAAUAUCAGAGACCCCGCCACCGCCGUUAUCGCCCAGGACUCCCUCUUCUAGUGGUACAAACACUAGAUCAGUGUCGGCAGCAGUAAGCGACGAGUCGGUGGCUGGAGAUUCUGGUGUGUUUGAGGCGGCGCAAGCAGGCGAUGCCAGCGCAGUGAACAGUACGCAAAUUGAGAUCAAAUUGCGCUACUGUAUUGAAGACAGUGCACUGGAGAUCAGCAUACUGCGGGCACGGAACCUCAACGCGCUCUUCAUUGAUGUUGGCACUGAAGUUGCGGUGCUAGGCGCCCUAGUAAUCGGCGGUGGAACGUGCGGCAUCACGUUCAGCAGCGCGUCACUACCGUGGCGCGGAACUACGCUUGCGUGGCGUCACGUGGCGCGAGCCAGCGUGGCGGGCACCCGCGCUCUGAGGGCUGCCACGUUGCAAGUCAAUCUCGUGUGCCGGGCUGAAUGCUUGGGUUGCGCCCAAGUGAGUCUAGCGGAUUUCGACCCGGACGCGGUGUCCCAGAAAUGGUACAACGUGUUGAGCUUCAGAUGUAUGAGGAGGGAUGAGAGCUCGGAUGAAUCCACGGUUAUAUCUUCGCAGACGUCUACUCUCACUAGGAAUAGAGGUCCAGAGAGUAUGACCGGUGCGGAGUGUAACGUGGAUUGCGGAGAGAACUCAGCCUCUGAAGAUGAGGAGUCCAGGGAACCGCUUAAUCAGAUAGUAGAAGAGGAUUCCCUAGAAGACUACAUUCCUGAAGACGAACUAGCGUUAGAAGAAGAGUACCUACACCCGUCCACGGCCGAGAAAGAGACGAACACUGAGUGCAACUUCUGCCCGGAGGGAGCGAGACAGCUGCAUAGGAGAAAAAGUCCACAAGUAAGCGCCACUCUGGAGGAGCCACUGGCAACGAUCAAGAGGUCUCAGACCUUCUCGCCGCAGCCGCAAAGCAUCGGGAACAGGCAGUAUAUUUGCAGACUAAACCGCUCCGAGUCGGACUCGUCCAUGGCGUCCCGCGCUCGCCGCCCCGCGCCUCCCCCCCCCGCCGGCAUCCCCUUCGACCGCAGCGUGCGCGAGCGCCGAUCUCUCAGAUGGGGCCGCGUGGCAGGCGGCGCGGCGCGUCGCACGCGCACCCGCAGCGCGCGGACCUCGCUAGACCUCGCACUGGACCUCAGCGCGCAAAACACCAAGCUCGCUGACCUGAGGACCGAGAUCGCCCAUCUGAGCCAGCUGAAAAGGAGACUAGAAGAGGCGUGCGCCCGCGGCGACCCGGCCAUCGCGUCGUGGGUGUCGGAGGACGACACGCUGCGCCGCCUCGUGGCGCCGGCCGAGCCCAACGAGCGCGCCGCCAAGCUGCUGCACCGCACGUGCCGCGAGAUCUACCGCCUCAGGAAGUCUCGCCAAGGCGGCCGUCGGCCAGACCUCGUCACCUUCAAGGAAAAAAUGGCUUUCUUCACCCGCCCGAAAUCCACCGUGCCGGUCCUAGACGGGGAAGCCGAAGAGAUCUCAGAGGACGAGUGGGAAGACGAGCUGGAAGAACGCCGAACUCCAGACGGACGCUCCUCCAAGACCUCCUACGAACUCCGUCGAGACCAACGGUGCAGUGACGUCAGGGAAGAAAAAACUGAAAUAUUGGAAGAAGCGGCGAAAGACACUCAAGAAGUAGUCGAAUGCAAGAACCCCUGUCUGAAUCGGCUAGAAGCGGUGCAGGACCAGGAAAAGACUGAAGAGGAUAGGUAUGAAUUUGUCGUAGAUCGAGCUUUAGGUGUUCAAGUCUGAAUGUAUGGAUCGGUAAGUGUAUAUUGGUUUAGACGGUCCAGAAUGGAUGUGUUUUUAAGCGUGACCCCACACUAGCGUCUGCCAAG